AUGAAUUUAUUGAUUUAAGUUCUUCUAGUGCUUGUUCUAAAAGCAUAAUUAGAUUAUCCAUAUAGUUGCGAUUGUUAGGAACAUGAUAACCAAGAUAGUUGUGAAUGGCAUAAAUGUUUAUGGGAUGAGAAUUAGAUUGGAACCAAGAAAUGUAGAGUUAAAGGUUGUUCUGAAAGAGGAAAUAAGGUGGCUGAAUGUGUGGCUCCAAGUUAAUUUUAUUCAACUAAUCGAACUUCUUGUUAUCCAUAAGGAGUAUAGACGGAAACUUGUGAACCUAUUUCAUCAUGUGAGGAAUUAGAUGUAUCAAAAAUAAGUCCAUCUUAUGCGAGACGUGUAUGUAAGGUUAAUUUUUGUGGAUAUAACAAAACUUCAAAAGGAUGUAGAUCAGUUUCUACUUGCAGCGACAUCACAACUGAAGAUGAAUGCAAUAAUUUAUUUAUUAAUGAGCUCCCCUCAUUAUUUUAGCCAUCAGCCUAUUGUUAUUGGGCAGGAGAUGUUUGUAUGACAUCUACUAGAUUUUUUGGAGCAUGCGAGAACAAGAAUAUUAAAAAUAAGAAUCUCUGUAAGACUCACGGCUGUCAAUGGAAGGACAACAAUUGUGUAAAUUUAAAUUGCACUACCAUUACAACAGACCUCUGUAACAAAGAACAUGUAGAUUCUUUUGGCAAUGUUCAUAUUUGCUCUUUGAAGAACUCUUAAUGCAACUCAACCUUAUCUGCAGAUAUUCGAAAGGAAGACUGUGAUAAAAUGACUGCUCAUACAUUUGACGACGCAGCCUAAAUUUGUAAGCCUUGCAAGUCACUCGCCAAAUACUUAGAGAAAUUGGCCUCAUUGUAAAUUAUCACAGAAUCCUAUAGUAUUAUACUUAUGCUCAACAUAAUUAUGAUUGCAAUAAUAUGA